CGGGCCGACCCUCGGCAGGCCGCCGGCGGCGGCAGCGGCGGCGGCGGCAAAGUCCGACCCACCGGCUCCGUCCAGCUACUGGACACACUCAACCCUGAGAACACACACGCCGGCGACAAAGAGAAGUGGGUUCGAGGCCGAGCCAUCGACCGCGGCGAGGUGGACGUUGGAACCCAGCAGAGCCAGGCGAUCCCACCUGGACUCUUCUGGAGGUUCCACUUGAUGGUGCACCAUCCAACCUACAUAAAGUUCAACCUCUCUCUCUCCCACAAUGCACUGCUGGGGGUCUACGGACGUCGAAACAUACCGCCCACGCACACACAGUUCGACUUUGUCAAACUGCUGGAUGGGAAGGCGCUGCCCAGAUCCUUGACUGAUCCCGUCUUGAACGUCAAAGCUCCUAAAGGUCUGCUGCUGAACGGCCUCCAGGAAACGGGCUUCAUCGAGUACAUGGACCCCGGAACCUGGCACCUGGCCCUGUACAACGACGGACGCAACCUGGAGCAGGUCGUCCUCCACAGCAGCCCAAUAGACUCGAUGGACGGUUGCUCCACAGACUGUAACGGAAACGGAGAGUGUGUGGCCGGACACUGUCACUGCUUCGCUGGUUUCCUGGGUCCUGACUGUGCCAAAGACUCGUGCCCCGUGUUGUGCAGCGGUAACGGCAUGUACGAGAAGGGGAAGUGCGUGUGCCUGGCCGGAUGGAAGGGGGCGGAGUGUAACGUGGAGGAAGGUCAGUGCAUCGACCCCACCUGCUCCAACCACGGCUCCUGCAUCCAGGGCAUCUGCAUCUGCAGCCCCGCCUACAAGGGGGUAAACUGUGAACAAGGUAAAAACCAUAAUGUGUAUCUGUUCACCUCUCUUCCUCUCACCCCAACCGCUCCGACAGAGUUGUGCCCCGUGCCAUGUGGCAGCCACGGCGUUUGCUCCGAGGGUCAGUGCCAGUGUGAGGAGGGCUGGGUUGGCGCCGCGUGCGACCAGAGAGCGUGCCAUCCUCGCUGUGAAGAACACGGCCACUGCCACGACGGGACCUGCAUCUGCCAGCCUGGCUGGGAGGGACAGCACUGUAACAUGGUGACUCAUGACUUGGACAUUGUGGUGAAAGACGGCUGUCCAGGGCUGUGCAGCGGGCACGGACGCUGCACCCUGGAGCAGAGCGGCUGGCGCUGUGUUUGCCAGGCUGGAUGGAGUGGGCCUGGAUGCAACGUUGUCAUGGAAACUGACUGCAGUGAUGGAACAGACAACGACGGAGACGGCCUGAUGGACUGCGUGGACCCCGACUGCUGCGAGCAGAUCAGCUGCAGCUCAGACCCACUGUGCCACGGCUCUGCCGACCCCUUGGCGCUGCUGCAGCAGAGCCCCUCCAGCCCCAGCCCACCCUCCUCGGCCGUCAGCACACACACGCAGAGCUUCUACCGCCGCAUACGCUUCCUUCUUGGCAAGGCAGCGACACACACUCUCCCCGGAGACGUGCCCUUCGACACCAGGUACGUUUACGCGGUACAAGAAGAAGUUUCAAUUCCAGGAGGCUUCGUGAAGCUGAACUACGCCAGUACACGCGCCGCGGGCUACCUCUCCGUGCUGCGAGUCCUCCUCACACCUCCGUCCCCGUCGUCCCCCGUCUCCCCACUGGGGGGUCUAUCCAAAGUGCACGUCCGCGCCUCGGUCCAGGGACGGCUGUACCAGCGCUGGUACCCCGCGGAGCCGGGCCUGGUCCACAGGCUGGUGUGGAACAAGACGGACGUUUACGGCCAGGAGGUCUGGGGUCUAACUCAUGCCACAGAUUUUGUGUUCAACUUCUGGCGUCGACUCAAACCCGUUCGUUCCGUUUCUUUCUCCAAAGCGAUCCUUCACAAAGGGAACGGCGAGAACGUCUUCCUCUCCCAGCAGCCCCCUGUGAUCAGCACCGUGAUGGGGAACGGCUUCUACCGGAGCGUCCCCUGCGGUCCGAGCUGCAACGGCCCAGCCCGGGACAUGAUGCUGUUUGCGCCCAUCGCCCUGGCGAACGGCCCCGACGGCUCCCUCUACGUGGGGGACUUCAACUUCAUUCGCAGGGUCCAUCCCGACGGAUACACCCGGACCAUCCUGGAGCUGAACACCAGCCCGGCCCACAAGUACUACCUGGCCAUGGACCCGAGAGGAGAAGUUCUCUACGUGUCGGACACGAGCAGUCGCAGAGUGUACCGGGUGAGGAACCUGGGUCAGCCCAAAGACCCGUCACGGAACCUGGAGGUGGUCGCCGGCACGGGGGAGCAGUGUCUUCCCUUUGACCAGAGCCACUGCGGAGAGGGCAGGAAGGCGACGGAAGCUGCCCUCAACAACCCCCGAGGUAUUGCGGUGGAUAAAAGAGGCGUCGUCUACUUUGUGGACGGCACCACCAUUCAGAAGAUUAAUGAGAGGGGACUGCUCUCCACCGUGAUUGGCUCCAACGGACUGAUGUCGACGCAGCCGCUAAGCUGCGACGCUCGUAUGGACAUCGGUCAGGUGCGUCUUGAAUGGCCAACAGACCUGGCCGUCAACCCACUGGACAACUCUCUGUAUAUCCUGGACAACAACAUCGUUCUACAGGUCUCAGAGAGUCUUCAGGUCCGUAUCGUGGCCGGGCGUCCCAUCCACUGCCAGGUCCCAGGUAUUGACCACCACCUGGUGAGUCGGGCAGCGGUGCGCGCCACGUUGGAGGCGGCCAAGGCCAUCGCCCUGUCACACCUGGGAACGCUUUACAUCGCCGAGACGGACGAGCGACGCAUCAACCGCAUCCAACAGGUUUCGACCAAUGGAGAGAUUUCCGUCAUCUCUGGCGCCCCCACUGACUGCGACUGUAAAAUAGACCCCAACUGUGACUGCUUCUCUGGCGACGCAGGCUACGCCCGUGACGCCCGCCUCAAAGCCCCCUCCUCUCUGGCCGUGGCCCCCAACGGAACCCUGUACAUCGCUGACGUGGGAAACAUCCGGAUCAGGGCUGUCAGCCUCAACCAGCCGCAGUCCGGCCCGGGUGGACUGGUGGAGAUCAGCUCCCCACUGGACCAGGAGCUCUAUCUGUUCAGCCAGAACGGCUCCCACAUGUUCACCAAACACCUGAUCACCGGCCACUUCCUGUACAACUUCUCCUACGGCACCGACGGCCAGCUCGCCGGCCUGGUGUGUCGUAACGGCUACGGGCUGCAGGUGAGGAGAGACGCUCACGGCGUCCCGCUCUGGCUGGCGCUACCUGGUGGCCAGGUGUAUUGGCUGUCGCUUAGCAACAGCGGAACACUGAGGAAGGUGUCAGCCCAAGGCCACGACAUCGCCCACAUCACCUACCAUGGCAACACCGGUCUCCUAGCAACCAAGAGUGACGAGAACAGUUGGACCACCGUUUAUGAGUACAACGGCGAGGGUCGGGUGACCAACAUCACGCUGCCCACUGGUGAGGUGAGCGGUUUCCAUGGCAACCUGGAGCGCUGGUCCCGGGUGGAGGUGGAGGCGUCCAACCGGGAGAACUUCAUCACCAGCACCAACCUGUCGGCCAGCGACACCAUCUACACCUUCAGACAAGACCACGCUCAGAGUUCGUACAGAGUCAGCGCCGAUGGGUCGUUCCUCGUGUCGCUGGCGAGCGGCAUGGAGCUGUCGCUCACCACCGAGCUCCUUCUCCCCGGAGGCGUCGGUGCAGGACUCGUACCCACGGCCAGCCGCUGUAACAUCAGCCUUCCUGGAGACCACGCCCCCAGCCUGAUCGAGUGGCGGCAGAGGAAGGAACAGAGCAAGACCAACUACAGCACCUACGAACGCAGGCUGCGGGCACACAACAGGAACCUGCUGUCCAUCGACUUCGAUCAGAGCACCAGAGUCGGGAAGAUCUAUGAUGACCACAGGAAGUUCACGCUCCACAUCCAGUACGACUCGCUGGGCCGCCCUGUGGUCUGGUCCCCCAGCAGCAAGUACACCGAGGUCAAUAUCAGCUACUCCGGGGGAGGGCUGUUGUCCUCCAUCCAUCGUGGGGAGUGGUCCGAGCGGCUGGAGUACGAGAACGACAGAGUGGUGUCCCGGGCCUGGGUCAAUGGAAAGAUCUGGAGCUACACCUACGCAGACAGAUCCAUUAUGCUGCUGCUGCACAGCCAGCGACGCUACGUCUUCGACUACGACCAAACCGACCGCCUGGUCUCGGUGACGAUGCCCAGCAUGGUCAAACACACCCUGCAGUCUCUGCUGUCCAUCGGUUACUACAGGAACAUCUACACGCCCCCCGACAGCCAGGCGUCCUUCAUGCAGGACUACAGCCUGGACGGGCGGCUGAUGAGGGUCCAGUAUCUGGGGACGGGGCGCAGCGUCAUCUACAGGUACACACCGGCGGCGCGGCUCGCCGAGGUGGUUUACGACUCCACCCUGGUGACCUUCACUUAUGACGAGGCCUCUGGCACCGUCAAGACCAUCCAUCUCACCCACAACGGCUUCAUCAGUUCCAUACGCUACCGACAGACAGGUCCUCUGACAAGCCGGCAGAUUUUCCGUUUCAGCGAGGAAGGGUUGGUGAACGCCAGGUUCGACUACAGCUACAACAACUUCAGAGUGACCAGCAUGCAGGCAGUGAUCAACGAGACGCCGCUGCCCAUCGAUCUGUACCGCUACGUGGACGUGUCGGGAAGAGUCGAGCAGUUCGGAAAGUUCAGCGUUAUCUUCUAUGACCUGAACCAGGUCAUCACCACCCACCUGAUGAAGCACACCAAGGUGUUCAACUCCUACGGCCAGGUGGUGGAGGUCCAGUACGAGAUCCUGAAGUCCAUCGCCUACUGGAUGACCAUCCAGUACGACUCGGCCGGACGGACCACCACCUGUGACAUCAGAGUGGGCGUGGACAGCAACGUGACCCGCUACACUUACGAGUACGACGCAGACAGCCAGCUGCAAAGUGCCUCGGUCAACGAGCGCCCCCAGUGGCGCUACAGCUACGACCUCAACGGCAACAUCAACCUGCUGAGCCAGGGCACCAGCGCCAGACUGACUCCACUGCGCUACGACCAGAGAGACCGGAUAACGCACCUGGGCGAAUUACAGUACAGCGUGGACGACGACGGCUUCCUGCGCCAGCGGGCCAACGACCUCUUCGAGUACAACUCCAACGGCCUGCUCACGCGGGUCUUCAAUCGGGUUACGGAGCGCACCGUGUGGUACCGAUACGACGGGCUGGGUCGGCGCGUCGCCACCAAGAACAGCAAGGGGGAGCAGCUGCAGUUCUUCUACGCCGACCUCUCGCACCCCACCAGGGUGAGUCACCUGUACAACCACAGCAGCAACCUGAUCACGUCGCUGUACUACGACCUCCAGGGUCACCUCAUCGCCAUGGAGCUGAGCAGCGGCGAGGAGUACUACGUGGCGUGCGACAGCGUGGGGAGCCCGCGGGCGGUUUUCUCCAGCAAGGGGCGACUGGUGAAGGAAAUCCUCUACACGCCCUACGGAGAGGCCUACCAGGACACCAACCCCGACUUCCACCUGGUCAUCGGCUUCCACGGGGGUCUGUACGACCCGUUCACGCGACUGGUCCAUCUGGGAAGGCGGGACUACGACACUCUGGCGGGACGGUGGACCUCACCCAACCACGAACUGUGGGCGGAGCUGAGCAAAGAACCCAAACCGUUCAACGUGUACGCCUUCAAAAAUAACUGUCCCGUGGGGCAAGUGGAAGAAGUGACGCAGUUCACCACAGACAUCGGGAGCUGGCUGCAGCUCUUUGGUUUCCAGCUGCAUAAUGUGGUUCCAGGAUUCCCGAAGCCCGAGGUGGGCAGGAUGGAGCAGACGUACGAACUGAUGAAGACCCAGACCAGGACUCAGAACUGGGACUCCAGCAAGGUGAACCUGGGGAUCCAGUGCGAGCUGCGGCGCCAGCUGCGGAGCUUCAUCUCUCUGGACCGGUUGCCUCUGGUGUCAGAACCGGUCGGGUCCACCUGCCACCGACCGGUCCGCCCCCCUCCCUUCGGAUCCAGACCCUCUCUGCUCGGCCCCAGCAUCCGAUUCGCCGUCUCCCACGGUCGAGUCAGCGCCGAGGUCAUCGGCGUCGCCAGCGAGGACAGUCGGCGCGUGGCAGCCAUCUUGAACGGUGCCGCGCACCUGAGCGGGCUGAGCUUCACCGUGCACGGCUGCGACACCCACCACUUCCUCCAGUCCCGGCCGAUCGAGGAAGACCUGGCCCUGGGGCUGGGAGUCGCCGGCCGCGUCCUGGAGAACGGCGUGAACGUGAGCGUGUCUCAGAUGAGCGCCACGGUGAGCGGCAGGACUCGGCGUUUCGCCGAUAUCACCCUGCAGCAGGGGGCUCUGUGUCUGUGUGUGCGCUACGGCGGGAACGAGGAGGAGGAGCGGGCGCGGGUGAAGGAGGAGGCGAGGAAGAGAGCGGUGGAGGGGGCGUGGGAGAAGGAGACCAGGAGGGUGGAUCUGGGGGACACGGGGAGCAGGGUGUGGAGCGACGUGGAGAAGCAGCAGCUUCUCACCGCCGGGCGCGUUCAGGGCUACGACGGCUACUACUCGCUGCCCACGGAGCAGCAGCCGGAGAUGUCCGACUGCCCCUCCAACAUCCACUUCAUGACACUGAGCGAGGUGGGGGGCAGGUAACAGAGACACGUGAGCAGCCCCCCGCCCCACCAAAGACUGCCUGUUUCUACUCUACUCUGAUUUGUUCUACUGUUUCUACAAAGGUACGAGGAGAGGAGAACCGCGACAAAGAAGACGAAGAAGAAGAAGAAGA